AUGAUCACGUGUGUAACUUUUAUACCACAUGAUAUCAUUUUCUGCCAACUAAACCGAACGAAUCGUUUCCUUCUCAAAUGUGUAGUUCCUUCGACGCAGUUUACUUGCAGAUUCAUGUCGUCGUUUACGUUUCGAACAGCUGAAACAGCAGAUGCGGAACGAAUUCUCGCAUUUCUGUGUGAACAUUUUGUACACGAAGAGCCGUGCAUUCGGGUAAUAAUGUAUGCAUUUCCACGUAACAAGAAUUCCGUUCAGGCUAUGAAAUCGAACGUCGAUGAAUGGCGGCCGCUUCUGAAGGAAAUGGUGGCGAACAGUCUGCGCAUUCCUUUCUCGACAAUCGUGACGACGGAGGAAGGCCACGUGGCAGCUGUUCUUCUGAAUUCAUUGUGGCGAAGAGACGAUGAGUCGACUGGGGAGGAUCAUGAAAAUGGGAGUUUCCCGGAACACAUUCAGAAGUUUAGUGAGUUCAGAACCGGUUCUAGACCGAGAAACAUGUUUGAAUUCAGUCGACGUCCUUCAAAAAUGCCAUGGGGACUUCUGGCCGCUGGCUCCAGCAGACGUAAACACCGUCUUGUACAGAGAGAUCUCGAACGUGGGAAAGCCAUGGCAAAGAAAGGGAAUCGCGUCGAGAAUGGUGACGGAAGCAUUGACAAAAGCCAAGAUUGAUGAGUACGGAGUGGGCGGGAUCCUCUCCGCCACGUCAUCAUUCGCCAAUCAGACUCUUCUGGCCAAACAGGGAUUCCAGUGUCUGAAAGAGUUUCCGUACGCGGACAUUGUCAGUUGCAACGGGGAACAGCUCGUGCAGACUGACGACGGAUCGAAGGGAAUGCGGAUCAACUUCAAGAGAAUCGAGGACUUUGACAUCAACGCUUAG